AUGAAGAUGCUGGAGUCGUGUGCUCAAGAUGCAGAGGUGGUGUGUCGACAGCUUGGAUGUGGUAAAGCAGUCAGCGCUCCUCAUAAUGCCCGCUUUGGUCAAGGAAGUGAACCAACCUGGCUGGAUGAUGUUCGCUGUACUGGAACUGAGAGCUACAUAGAUCAGUGCUCACACAGAGGAUUUGGAGUAGAGAACUGUGGACAUGGUGAUGAUGCUGGAGUCGUGUGCUCAAAUGAAUCACAUCAGGGCCAGUACACCUGUGACUACACAUACAGGGAAAGUAACUCUAGAUCAUCCAGGAGCAGCUCCAUUACCAUCACUGUGGUUGACCUCCAACAGCCCAAUAUCUCCUUCAGUGAUGCUGAUAAACCAGAAGUAACAAGAGGUUACAGCUUCUCCAUCAACUGCUCCACUGAACCUCAGUAUCCAGGAGGUUCCUUCCACUUGGAUUUCAAAGAAUCCAACAUCACCAGGACUCAGUCAGCUGUUAACCACUCAGCUGUCUUCCUUUUUCCUGAGGCAGAUUUUGUUCAUCAAGGAAACUACAGCUGUACUUAUGAAGUUAACGUGUCUUCACGCACCUUUACCUCCACUGCUACUGAGCCCCUGUUCAUCACUGUGAAACCAUAUCUGACUCCCUACAUUGGUGCUGGAGGAACAGCAGGACUGCUUAUUAUCUUAUUUCUAAUCAUUUGCUUUUUGAAGACACAGAAAAGACGGAACCCUCAAGGAGUUAGGAAGAGUAAUGCACAAGGUGACAGAAACAUACAUCAGAGUCCACAAGGAGAGAAUGACACAGAUGAUGAAGCUGAUUAUGAAAACCAAGAAACUAUUUUCCAACAGAAGAAUUUAGAGGACUUGGAUGAUGUCUACGGUAAUGAUGCUGAUGAACAAAGAAGGGCCGUGGAAAAUGACUAUGAGGGUGAUGAGGACGUUUAUGCAAAUUGUGUAGAGUAGUUUGGAGAACAAAUCUUUUCAAAAUCUUUUGUCUCUUACCACUGAUUACUGUAUUAUUAAACAUUAAAAGGCAUCAAAAAUAAAAUAGUCAGUGUAUAGUAUGUAAACUAAUAACAAAUGUAAAAAAUACAAAAUAACUGUAGUCUCCUGGAAUUUAGUGUCUGUUUUUAUCAAUCCUAAACCCCUGAAACAGACCUGCAAAGUUUGUGUAUAUUUUUAAAAUGCAAUUUAUUUUUACUUGUAAUUUACGAAGCUAAUUUAUUAUUACAGAAGUGAAGGAGGCAUAAGAGUGGAUCUAAUUCUAUCACUAUAAAUAAAAGAAAGGUUUAGUCUGUACAUUUAUGAGAACUCACUCUUUUUAUUGUAUCCUUACGUUACAUUGGUGACCCUGAAAAAAAUCUGUCUGCCUGUCUGUCUAUAUGAUAUAAGGGUGAAUCCAGACAGCUAAAUGUCUUGUAUAUAUGAUUAACCAUAACAUGGUGACCACCUGCCUAAUAUUGAGUGGAUUCCCCUUCUCCACCAAAACAUUAAUGCACCGUGAGUUCUGACACCUCUCUAUAAGAACCAGCAUGAACCUUUCCAACACUUUAUACUACAGCAGUUCUUCUUUUGGAUCCGACUACACGGGCCAGCCUUCUCUCCCCUUAUGUGUCAGUGAGCUUUGGCUGCCUAUGAGCCUGCCGCCAUCUACUGGCUCUUCUUCCUUGGAACAUUUUUGUAGGUACAGACAAAAAGAGGAGCAUCCCAUAAGAGCUGCACUUUUGGAGUUCUUUUGGCCAAGUCAACUAGCCAUCACAAUUUGGCCCUUGUCAAAGUUGCUUGAAUCCUUACACCUACUCAAUAUUAGGUGGCUGGUCAUGAUGUUAUGGCUGAUUGGUGUAUGUUAUAAGUUAUUGUUUUGCAUGAACAUAAAGUACAAACAUACUAUAUACAUUUGCCCUAAAAAAGUUCUUAAACAUUUGCAUUUGCAUGUUUUUGUGAUUUUUUUUUGUUCUUAAAGAAGAUAUAGCCCAGCUGUCAUCAAUGUGUGAUUUUAAUUAUCUACAAAUAA